AUGGUUUUACCACUCAUAGUCGCUACAGGUAUUACAAUAGUAGCAUUAACAACAAAGUCAGGAAUUAAAGCAUGGAAUGCGUAUAAAAAACUAACCCCGGCAAUGAUAGCAAGGCUGAAUAACUUGCAGUAUAACCGCCAUAUAGACCCGACAUACCCUUACAAAUAUCGAUCUAAGCUACCGAAAGACAUUCAGCAUAGUCUAGAACAGUAUUAUGGAGGGUUCAACAAACGAAUGACUGAAGCAGAGGCCUUGCAGAUAUUGCACAUAUCUGCAUCUGAGGUCAAGCAUUUGAACAUGGCAAUGCUAAAACGUAAGCAUAGGACUUGUAUGAUUAAAAAUCAUCCGGAUAAAGAUGGAAGUCCUUACCUAGCAAUGAAAGUUAACGAAGCAAGAGAUAUACUAGAAAAAAGCUCACUAUUGAGGAAUUACUAA